AAAAAUAAGAGAUGAGGCUCACGUUGCACGGAUGACAUCACUAGCUUUUGGCUGCGCGCUCCGUGUUCUCGUCUGUGGGUUUUAGCCAAGGCUGCAGCGCCCGGCGCCCGAGCGAGCACAGCAGCGGCUUCCUACAGCGCCCGCAAUCGGGCGAUGCUAUUUCCCGAGCCUCCCGGGCGCAGCCUGGGCUCUCGCUCCCCGGCACCGGCCGAGACCGCAAGGCCCCGGAGCCGCUUCGGCUAGAGGAGGAGGCCGGGAGGGGAAGCUGAGCGACCCAGCCUCCCUCCCCCACCCUCGCCCCAUUCACCUCGGCGACCACCUCGCCGGGAGCCUGAUCGUGGAACGCCGAGGCUGGGAUGCGAUUCUCUGCACGCUGCCGAGCGAGCCGGCACCUCAGCUCCUGGGUGGGCUGCGAAGAAAAUGCUGCAAUCUGAGAGCGGCUGACCCCAGUUGGGCAGCGCAGACGGGGUGCUAGAGUGCCGGGGCUCAGGUGUAAGGAGAAGGGGGCGGAUUGUGUUGAAGGGCCGGGGCAGUUGUUUUUCUGGGUACCAGCAGCUCCCGGGCAGCACGUUCCCGGGGCUACCCGGGAGCCAGAUGAAGUGAGGCGGAGGCGCCGCGGGAGAGGCGGGUCUGAAGGUGGCAGGGUGGACACUCCACGAAGAAGACGGCACUGGGGAGGGCGGCAUGACGCCCCGGGGGCUGGCUGCUUGGCUGGCGGGGAGCAGCCAUCGCGCGACCUGUCCAUGGUGUUGAAGGCGCCCUGCGCCGAGCUCCGCGAGCCCCGCGUGGUGCGCCCAGCCUGGUGCGCCCUCCCCGGCGCAGCCCGCCUCUCGCGCCCGCGAGCUGCUGCCCCGUCGCCGCAAACCCCCGGCCAAGGCUCGUCCGGUAACGCCGUCCGGGUGACCGCACCGUCGGCCCGAGGGGCCGCCUGAAUGGCGAAGCAAGAGGCAGACGACCCGGGAGCUCGCGGGGAAAGGUCGGCCGAGACCGUGCGCCGACUGCGAGCUCGCCUCUGAGCGCAGCGCGCUGGCCAGAAGAAGCAAAGGACCUGCUGGUGACCAGAGGACAGAGAUUUUUAAAAGACCCGACCCAGAGAGGAAGAACAUUUCUUCUCUCGCAGACCGGAAGGGGGAGAGUGGCUGAGAGGGAGACCCAGGCGGGACGCAGGGCAGGCAGCCCUGGCAUCUGGAGGUUUCCUUCGCUGGCCGGCCGCAUCGCGGGUGUUUCAGUUCAUCCUGUCGUCUAGCGGCUCCUCCUGAUAGACACCCUCCCACCCCCCAUCCCCCUCCCAAGAAAGCCAAGCGAGUGGGUCCCAUCGCCCCCCUACACAAAAGAAAGCCCAAGGAACCCCGCCGCAGCCGAGGGCACUCGGUGUUUGGUUUCCGGCCCGAGGGCAGCGUCGCCCGAAGCCCGGCUGAGUACGGCCGCGGCGGGUUCGGAGCAGUCGCUUCCUGCCGAGCCGGGAGGGGGCGGGAGGCGGCCGUGUCUGGCUCGCCGCCGCCUGAGGCUGCACCUGCUCCGCAGGAUGCGCAGAGGCUUGCCGGAGCCUCUCCGGAUGAGAACUUUUUAGGCUGCCCGCCCGCGUUCCCGCAGUCCCUGGGCUGCGCACCGGCAGCCGGGGGCCGAGGGGGCGCCGCUGCGCGACCCCCUCUCCCGCCCCCUCCCCCUCCUUGGCUCGGCAGCCCGCCCGCCCGCAGCUGUGUUCCGGGCGCGCGGAGGGAAGGCGAGGCUGCGGCGGGUCAUGCCCACGGUGUAGCCGCGAAGCGGAGGCAUGGCUGCCGGAAGGUUCCUGCUCUACACGGGCCUGUCGCUAGCGCUUUGCGCCCUGGGCAUGCUGGCCGUGGCCGUCUGCUCAGACCACUGGUACGAGACGGACGCCAGGAAGCACAGGGACAGGUGCAAGGCCUUCAACACGCGCCGGGUCGACCCUGGCUUCAUUUACAACAAUAACAACAACUUGCCACUCCGGGCCAGCCGCUCGCGCCUGGACCGCUGGGAGGGCACACUCCUCCGGGCCCGGAAUCGCCGGCAGCUCUUCGCCAUGAGCCCCGCCGACGAGUGCAGCCGGCAGUACAACUCCACCAACACUGGCCUCUGGAGGAAGUGCCACCGACAGGGCUUCGACGCGGAGAUCGCGGCCCUGAUUCGGAAAGUAAGUCACUGCACUGGGGACAGAUCAAUGGCGGGAUCAGCUUCUGAAAUCCAAGAGACUUCCAGACCCUUAGGAGGACCAGCUACAGGAGAAAUUGAGAGAUGCACGUACAUCAAAUACCACUACUCCUCAGCCACCAUCCCCAGGAACCUCACCUUCAACAUCACGAAGACCAUCCGCCAGGAUGAGUGGCACGCCCUGCACCUGCGUAGGAUGACGGCCGGCUUCAUGGGCAUGGCGGUGGCCAUCAUCCUCUUCGGCUGGAUCAUCGGCGUGCUGGGCUGCUGCUGGGACCGAGGCCUUAUGCAGUAUGUGGCAGGGCUUCUCUUCCUCAUGGGAGGAACUUUCUGCAUCAUUUCACUGUGCACCUGUGUGGCCGGGAUCAACUUUGAGCUGUCACGCUACCCACGCUACCUGUAUGGACUCCCCGACGACAUCAGCCAUGGCUACGGAUGGUCCAUGUUCUGUGCUUGGGGGGGCCUGGGCCUCACGCUAAUCUCGGGAUUCUUCUGUACCUUGGCCCCUUCUGUCCAACCUGUCCCGAGGACCAACUGCCCCAAAUCCAGACCCGAGAAUGGGACAGUGUGCUAAAAAAAAACAAACC